ACUUAACGGAAAAUUGAUUAAUAGUGUCACGGUGUAAUUAGCAUAUACUUGGGGGGUACCACUGUAAUGCAGUGGGGUACAAUUGUAAUUUUUCAAUAGUACAAGGGUACCAUUGAUAAUAACCCUAAAAAAAAUUUGUUCCAUAUUUACAUUGUUUCAUCGACAUUAAAAACUAAAAGGGUAAAAUAGUCAUAAUGAAACCUCACCCUUCAUCAAACAACAAAGCCUAGUAGGAGUAUAUAGUUUUUAAAUGUGUGUUGUGCAAUGUGCACCUCGCCACAUCCUCAUCCUUUCAACAAAUCUCUUUCCCUUUGUUGUCCUUUGCCCUACCCGAAUCCGAACCCCAGGUUUCAGCAGACGUACUCCAUUAACAAUAACAAUGUCGCAUUUCGGAAGAUCUGGUCCUCCUGACAUUAGAGACACCUACUCUCUCCUCGUCCUCAACAUCACUUUCCGAACCACAGCGGAUGAUUUGUACCCAUUAUUCGAUAGGUAUGGCAAAGUCGUCGAUGUCUUCAUCCCUCGUGAUCGCAGAACUGGUGAAUCUCGGGGUUUUGCUUUUGUGCGUUAUAAAUAUCAAGAUGAAGCUGCUAAAGCUGUCGAAAAGCUUGAUGGAAGAGUUGUUGAUGGUAGAGAGAUUAUGGUUCAAUUUGCUAAGUAUGGUCCUAAUGCUGAGAGAAUUCACAAAGGAAAAAUAAUGGAGCCAGUUAAGUCAAAAGGAAGAUCAAGAAGCCCUCGUCCUAGUUCUAGACAUCGGGAUGAUUAUAGGGACAGAGAGUACAGGAGGAGAAGCCGCAGUCGGAGCAGAGAUAGAUCUGAUAGGUACCGUGGGAGAGACAGAGACUACCAUCGUCGAAGCAGGAGCUAUAGCAGAAGCCCUAACGACCGCAAAGAUGAUGCUAAAGGAAGGUAUGAUGAUGAGAGGCGGAGCCGAAGCCGUAGCCGUAGCAGAAGCCGCAGCCGCAGCCGCAGCCGAUCACUUGGAAGUGCUUCACCUCGUAGACGCAGUCCCAGUCCCAAGAGAAGCCCGUCACCAAGAGCAAGUCCUAGGGGUGAGAGUCCUGGUGGACGUAUUCGUGAGGACCGAUCUCCAGCUCCAAGGAGUGCAUCACCACGCGUGAAGCCAGCUGACUCGCGUAGUCAAUCUCCUCGCAAGUCUGAUGUAGAUGAGUAAUCAGCUAAUUCUUGCAGUACGUGGCUGUUUUGAUCAGAAUGCAUCUGGUUCUUUGCGUGCAUUCUGCUGAAGAACUUUUGCAUGUCCAUGUUAUUGUUCCGUGCUUGGCUUGAAUUAAAACUUUGGUCGAAAGCUAAAAACUUUCUUUAGUUGAAAUCCAUGCUCCAUUGAACUUUGGUAUGGCCCUGUUGUUAUUGCCAGUUUGUUGUAGAACUUAAGAUUGUUGGAUAUCCUUUCAGUCUUGAAAAUAUCUUGUGUUAUUUUGCACUAUUGUUUUGGUAGUUAGUAUUCGUCGUGCCUAUUAUGAUAAUUAUUUAUCCUUUACUGUUCUUUCUUAUGUGUUUUUAUCAUAAGAUACGUUACCGGCUUUUCUCUUGUUGACAUAAAUGAUGAUUCUGAGUUCUGGUCUCAUUUUUUUAUUAGCCUUGGCUCUAGCGCCCUAGCUUAGAGUGAUUUUGGAAGUCUGCUCUUGUCUGUUUUCUUGAUAUCAUGAUUUUGUUCUUGGGCUACUCGAUCAGUGAAGGUGUUUAGCAUUCAUUUUCACACUGGAUGUUAUAAGAUUUUUUGACUUUGACCUUAGCAUCUUUCCUACUGUAUGUAUGCCAGGGAAGGUUAGAAAAAUACACGAUCUUGUUUAUUUGGUGUGUUCAUAGUCGAUACAUAUCACAUUGCAUGUCCUCAGUAGCUUUGUUCUGGGAACAUCUAGUUGCUAAAAGUUUCUAAGGUCUAAGUAUGAUCUAAUCCUUUUCACUAUAUCUCAGCAUGUAUGGUUGCGGCUGUAGCUGAGCACAUGAGCUCGUUGCUGUGGCUGUGCGCCUGAUUUGUUGCUUGUAUUUUUGGUGUCCAUGAACUUGGGUAGCUGAACAUGGCUGCUUUCUUUGAUUACCCGCUCUACGCUACAGUACCUGUGGCUGUGAACCUGAGCUCGUUGCUCUGGCCGCAGUUGAGGGAUAGGAAUACACUCAUUAGACAAUUAUGCCUGCUAAUGCUGCUGUUGGUUCCUGAUUUACUGCUUAAAUCUUUCUCCUGAUUAUGAGUAAGUCUUAAUGGGUUUUCUGUUAGCUCUGCUUGCAACAUACUACAUCAGUUUAAACUUGUUUUGCAUUUUUGUUAUUGGGUCUGAGCUCUUGACAGUAGUGGUUCGUGUGAUCUCGACGUGGCUGUAGAUGACAAAUGAUAGGCAAUUCAUAUGUAGGUCGUGUAAUGCUGCAGUUGCUGCUGGUAGCACCAGAUUUGUAGGUUAUCAUUCGCUGCCGAUGACUAAAUUCCUUCUUUUGACCUGCUUGCUGGUUUUUGCUAUCUACUUGGAACUUAAAUUGUUUGCUGACAAAAUGCUAGUUUACAAGUUUUUGGUUUGGCUGCUAUGAUUGACAUGCCGAGCAAAACCACUUCGAAUUCUGAUCUUUUUGGGAGGUCUGAACCUAAAGCUUUCAUUAUAUUUGUUAUAUAUUCUUUCAAAUCAUGAUUUCAUUGUUCUUUUUUUCAAUAGCAAUUUUUCUAUAACACCAUGUUUGAAUAGCAAAUUAGAAAGUAGAAGUGAAGGAAGGGGAAGGGAAGGAAUGGGUAUGGACUAAGCGAAGAGUGCAUCAUCCUUUCAAAUUCAUUUCCUUGAUUUCCUUUUAUUUCUCUCUGUCCAAACAUAAUGUAAGAUUUUAUUUGUUAGUGAUGCGUUUUGAAGCUGAUCA